GUGCAAUUAUUUAGAUGCGGACAACAAGGAAACCCGCUCUCUCUCCCUCCUCCUCCCCCCUCCUCCUAUAUCUGGCCCUCCCUCCUUCUCAUUCCUCUUGCAUUCCCCUCGCACGCGACACUCUUCCCUGACCCUACUGUUCAAGUUCAGAUUUGCUGCGUUUUCAUCAUGGCGUCAAAGGACAAGUUGAUUUCCUGGGAAGACUACCAAGGCUGCCUGAACGCCUACUGGGAGUGGGCGGAGAGCUAUGAUUCCAAGGACUGGGCUCGCUUGCGCAAGAUCGUCGCCCCCACCGUCCGCAUCGACUACCGCUCCUUCUUAAACAAACUCUGGGAGGCCAUGCCCGCCGACGACUUCAUCGCCAUGAUCUCCGACCCCAAGGUGCUCGGCGACCCGCGCCUGAUGACCCAGCACUUCUGCGGCGCCAGCAAAUGGGAGAAGGUCUCCGACACCGAGAUCAUCGGCUACCACCAGCUGCGUGUCCCCCACCAAAAGUACACGGACGCCACCCGCACCAAGGUCCUCGUCAAGGGCCACGCGCACAGCAGCAACAUGCACUGGUACAAGAAGGUCGACGGGGAGUGGAAGUUUGCAGGCUUGAACCCCAACAUCAGAUGGGGCGAGUACGACUUCGACAAAGUCUUCGAGGAGGGCCGAGAGGAGCUGGGAGACAGCGAGAAGGAGAAGAUUGCGGACGAGGUGGCCAAGGCCGCCGAGGGUAUCCCUUCCAAGUAAAAGAAGGGGGGCUCCGUCUGAGAGAUUGAUUAUCUGCGAGGGAACUAUGGGCCUCGAGAGAGAACACCAAAAUGCCCACACAGAUUGGUGGGAAAAGUACCUUACCCUAGGAUUAACGACCGGACCAUAGGAUUUGCUGUCAAAUCGAAUACAAAGAUUUUGUUUUCUGGA